CGGCACUAAGAAGCCUGAAACAACCUCUGCUUUCAUCGGUUUGGACCUCCCAUUUCCAUUUUUAUUCUUCGCUACGUCCGAAACCUUCCAUGGUGAAUCUCAGAUUUCGAAGCUCUGCUACGAAGAUGGCAAUGGUUGGGUCUGAGAGGGUUUUUCAUCCCAAAAUCAUUGAUUCUCAUUUGCAUGUCUGGGCUUCCCCUGAAGAGGCUGCCGACAAAUACCCUUAUUUCCCAGGCCAAGAACCGUCAUUACCAGGAAGCGUUGAUUUCUUGCUUAAGUGCAUGGGAGAAGCAGGAGUAGAUGGUGCUCUAAUUGUCCAACCUAUCAAUCAUAAAUUUGAUCAUUCUCUAGUAACAAGGUCAGUAAACUCUAAACCCACUCCUUCCUUCCUUCUGCCAGGCUAGCAAGUGG